AUGCCCAAGGCCGUCCUGAAGCCUGGCACCAUUGCUAAUGAGGCAAUCCCAAUGGAGGACAGCUCGAAAAGGAAGAAAAGCAAGAUUCGACUCGACAGCGAGGAUGAGUCUGACGAGGAGCCUUUGAUCAAAAAGCCGAGGAUGACUACACCAGCUUUGCAGACCGUCAAGGCGCCGCAGGGAACAGGCAAGGCCAAGGUCAAGAAUGCUACUUUGAAGCGUGAAGAUUCUGAAGACAUGCCGCUUGCUGCAGCGUUGUCGAGUCCUAUUAAGAAACAACCUUCAAAGAAGAGCAAAGAUAAGCCUCGCCCAAAAGCUGUCAAGCCUGAUUCUUCCAGCUCGAGCGAGGACGAGAAGCCACUAGUCAAGGUGACGCAGGCCAAAGCUGAGACCAGUUCGGACUCGGAAGCCACAGCAAAGCCCAAGGCAAAGAGAAAGAGCAAGCAGACAUCCAAGAAGCCUGCAGACUCGAGCGAUAGCGAGGAGGACAAGCCGCUCAAAAAGGCUAAGAAGGUCAAAGUCAAGAAGACCAAGGUUGAGGCCGUCGAAGAUGAUGAACUGUUCAAGUCUGUCGCAACAAAGACGAAAGCUCCCAAAGUCGAAGCGAAAGAUACUGCGAAGAUUGCCGUCAAAGUGGAUGGUAAGAAGGCAAAGUCAGAACAUAGCGAUGGUGACGAGGAUGACGACGAUGAUGAAUCUGAAUUCCGCUGGUGGGAGCAGGAGAAACAUGACGGAUCGGAGAAGUGGCAAACGCUCGAGCACAAUGGAGUUGUGUUCCCACCGCCCUAUCAACCUUUGCCUCCUGAUGUCAAAAUGAAGUACAAUGGCAAGCAGGUGACGCUGACGGUCGAAGCAGAAGAAGUUGCUGGCUUCUUUGGCGCCUUGAUUGAAACGGAGCAUGCAAAGAACGAAACGUUUUGCUCCAACUUUUUCGAGGACUUUCGCAAAGUGUGCAAGGAUUCUGGUAUGAAGGCUGCCGACAUCCCCACCGAAUUUGGCAAAUGCGACUUUCGGCCUAUGUUUGAGUACUUUGAAGCUCGAAAAGAGGAGAAGAAGGCGAUGGGCAAAGACGAAAAGAAGCGCUUGAAGGAGGAGAAAGACAAGUUUGAGGAAAAGUAUACACAUGCACUCGUGGAUGGUCGCAAGGAGAAAAUUGGUAACUUCCGAGUGGAGCCUCCAGGUCUGUUUCGUGGUCGUGGUGCGCAUCCCAAGACAGGCAAGCUCAAGACGCGUCUCAUGCCUGAACAAAUAACAAUCAAUAUUGGCGAAAAUGUGCCUGUGCCGGCGCCUCCAGAAGGCCACAAGUGGGCUGAAGUGCGACACGACAAAAAGGUGACUUGGCUUGCGACGUGGAACGAGAACAUCAACAACAAUGUCAAGUACGUCAUGAUGGGCGCUGGGUCUUCCUUCAAGGGGCAAUCUGACUUGAAAAAGUAUGAAAAGGCACGUCGUCUCAAGGCUUGCAUUCAUGAUAUUCGCAAGACAUACGAGGCUGAGUUGACGGACAAAAUGAUGGAGGUACGCCAGCGUGCCACUGCACUUUACUUUAUCGAUCGCUUUGCUCUACGUGCUGGCAAUGAAAAGGGCGAGGAUGAGGCAGACACUGUGGGUUGCUGUUCUCUGCGGCUAGAACACAUCUCUCUCAAGCUUCCCAAUAUUGUCAUCUUUGACUUUCUUGGCAAGGACUCCAUUCGUUACUACAAUGAGGUGGCAGUGACACCACAAGUCUUCAAGAACCUGCGCAUCUUCAAGAAAUCCAAGACCGACCAGGACAUGAUUUUCGAUCGACUCAAUACAGGCAAGCUCAAUAAGCAUUUGACGAAUUUGAUGCCGGAGUUGUCAGCCAAAGUGUUUCGUACUUACAAUGCCUCCUUUACGUUCCAGGAGCAGCUCAACAAGCUUAUGGAUCCAGAGGCAACCAUCCCAGACAAGGUGCUUGCUUACAAUCGCGCCAACCGCGAGGUGGCUGUGCUCUGUAAUCACCAACGUACAGUGAGCAAAGGUCACGAAGCAUCUAUGGAGAAGAUUGAGGACAAGGUGCGCGAGCUCAAAUAUCAAAAGAUGCGCCUCCGCCGAAUGAUGGUUGCAUUAGACAAGUCGCUUGCCAAGAAGAAGCCAGAACUGCUCGAGUACGAGUCGGAUGUUGACGAUGAGUGGAUUGCCGAGCAUCACACCGUCCUCUACCAGCGUGAGCAGGAGCGCAUCCGGAAGAAAUUUGAGCGCGACAAUGAAAAGCUUGAAAAGGAAGGUUCUGACAUCCAUCCUUCUUCUGAGCUCGAGACGCGUCUUGAGGCUGCAGAGGAACUGAAGCAGAUGUAUGCUGAAGAAAAGAAGACCGGCAACGUUGAACCCAAAGCUAGUGCUACAGUGGAGAAACUCGAGGGUCAGGUGGCCAAGCUUGAUGAGCGUAUUGCCGUGGCCAAGACUGCGGCGAUCGACAGGGACGAGAACAAGACGACUGCUCUGGGCACAUCCAAGAUCAAUUAUAUUGAUCCUCGCCUGACGUUUGCUUGGUGCGCCAAGUACUCUGUGCCGGUGGAAAAGAUGUUUACAAAGACACUGAGGGAGAAGUUCAAAUGGGCAGCAGAGACGCCCGCUGACUGGGAGUUCUGA